UCAAAGGGCGUCUGAGACAUGAGCUUAUUACACACUGUGCUUAGCUUGUGUUGUGGAGGAGGACGGGGUAUUAUUAUCUUCCAGCUACCCACCCUGCUAUAAAAACUAGCGGUACGGCGUCGCAGCCGCACAGUGCCGCUCCUCUCCCUCCCCCGGUGUUACGGGCAAGCCUGGCUCUCUCUCCAGAGCGCCAGAGUUCCUCACAAGCCCAUUUCCAAACAGGAGAUAGAUCUGAGUCCAUUGUGCUUCUCCUCCUCUCUGCCGGUGCUGGAUACUCGUUGGGCUCUCUGAAUGGGGAGGCUGAUGAAAGCAGGUAGCUGUGAAUGGAAAGACGACUCCUCUGCGGUCUAAAGGGAGACAUGAGAGAGGUCACUGCGCCGUGCCCCUCUGCCCUGGGAUAAAGCGUGAGGAAACACAAGAGCUGCUGGUGUGAAAAUGGCCAACAGAGAGGACGAUUUGAUUGGGAUCCCCUUCCCCAACCACAGCAGUGAUGUUCUAUGCAGCUUGAAUGAGCAGAGAAGGGAUGGGCUCCUCUGCGACGUGGUGCUCGUCGUCCGUGACCAGGAAUAUCGAACGCACCGGUCGGUUCUGGCAGCCUGCAGCCAGUACUUCAAAAAGCUCUUCACAGCAGGGACAGACUGUGACAGGCACAGCGUCUAUGAGAUUGACUUUGUUGCUCCAGAGUCACUCACAGCAAUCUUGGAGUUUGCUUACACCUCCACUCUCACGAUCACCACCUCCAACGUGAGAGAGAUCCUCAAUGCUGCUCAGAUGCUCGAGAUCCCCUGCAUCAUCCGUGUGUGUCUAGAGAUCAUGGACACUGGAGAAGAUGAUGAGGAAGAGGAUGAAGAGGAAGGGGAGGAUGAUGAUGACAUUGAAGAGGAAGGUGAGGACUCAAGAGAAGAAGAACAGGAUGACAAUGAAGCUGAUGAAAAGCCAACGGAACCAUCAGGGAGUCAAUACCACGAGGCAAUAGAGAAAAAAGACUGUACUCCAAGCACUUCCCAGAAGGAGAAUCUGUCUGACAGACUGAAAACUCCUGAUAUCACAGAGGUUUUCAGUGAGAAACCCAGAGAUUCGGAAAAUUUGGAAAACAAAGCCCUAAAAGACUUUUCCAUUGAGUCCCUGCUGCAAGAAGGACUGUACCCAAAGCUUCCGGGCAUUGACACAGGGUCAGGUUUUUCCCCACUUCUUCCAGGUUUUUUCCCUCCCGUGUGGCCAGGGGACUAUCCGGGUUUUCCACCAAUUCAGAACCCCAAUCCAAACCCCCACCCAUACCAUCAGGAACUUGACAGCAGGCCACUGGACUUAGCAGUAAAGAAAGAGGGUAUAAAAGAAGAGCUGAACGAGGAGAUCCCACCGAGCCUUUUCCACAGUGACUUCCUAAAAGACUUCAUGAGCACAGGGCUUGGUAUGGUACCAGAGGCCCACCUUGGUUCUAUCAAGGAUGAGACCGAUUUCAGGUCAUACUUGAAUUUCCUUAGUGCCUCUCACCUUGAGAGCCUAUUUCCUCCUUGGCAACUGGAGGAAGACAGAAAAAUGAAAACUAAGGCGUCUCAGCAGUGCCCGAUUUGCAACAAGGUGAUCCAAGGAGCCGGUAAACUGCCCCGACACAUGAGGACUCACACCGGCGAGAAACCAUACAUGUGCACAAUCUGUGAAGUUCGAUUCACUAGGCAGGACAAGCUGAAGAUCCACAUGCGCAAGCACACUGGAGAGCGGCCCUACAUCUGCCUCCACUGCAACUCCAAGUUUGUCCACAACUAUGAUCUGAAGAACCAUCUGCGCAUCCAUACGGGGGUGCGGCCCUACCAGUGUGAGCACUGCUACAAGAGCUUCACGCGCUCCGACCACCUGCACCGCCACAUCAAGAGGCAGAGCUGCCGCGCCUCUCGACCACGCAGGGGUCGCAAGCCAGCCGCCUGGCGCUCUGCCAGCUUUCUCUACCCGCCUGCCGCCCAUCACGAGAACAAGGCUGUCGGUGUGGGCGUGGACGGUCGACUUUUGCCAGUUGGCCAUGGGGUCGUCGCCCAGAGGUUCAUAGACAGGCACCAUUUGGGGGGAAGUAACUUGAAUUUUGAGGACUUGGACAAUAGCAGAGAGAGUCUGGAGGUCAAACUAGAGAGAAACCAUACUGAGGAGAGGAAGAGAGGGGUGUUUGCCUUCGCUCUAGCCCGUGACAAUGUUCUCUCCCAUCAGCCAUUCUACUCCACAGCCGCUGACCCCUGGGCACUGAGGCUGAAGCAUAUCCCACCCAUUUCAGAUGCAACCAAAUAAAUUUUUACAUAAUUAUCAUUAUACGUGUCUCCAAAACCUCUUACAACUGACUCAAAGGGUCUUAAAACAACAAUAAUUUCCUUCAAGGUAUAGGCAUACUGAUGAUGUGCUGGAAUCUCAUGAAUUCCCAUGCAAGAUGGAUCACAGAACUUUUUGUCUCUUUUACUGAUAUUGUUCUUUUAAUGAGAGCAUGUUUGGAAUCAUCUGAAGUGUUUCUCUCUUCAUUCUUCUUAGGCUGCUGUAUUGAUGUGGGGCAUUGUGUGAAACGUGUCAUGCCACCUUUGUAGACAAAACUGGGAUUUCAUCUUGGUUUGUUGUAAGCUCAUGACAGACUGUGUGCUGCAUGCUCAGUAAUCCCUGUUUUAAAAUUACUUUAAAGGCCUGAUUUGGUAUGUUCACUUUCCAUUUUUUUACCUGGUAAACACACAGCUGAUUUUACUUUCAUCAGACCCAUCUGGAACAAUUCAUACUUUGCUUUUUGGCCAUUCUGUACUUUUGGGGUUUGAAACACUGGCACUCAUUUUCAAAUUUCAA